AUGUUGUGUGCAUUGUGCAUUUGGGUUUCUCUGCUUUUGAUAAGCAUUAUUAUAGUUUGGUUUUACAAAUGGAGUAACCCAAAAUGCAGAGGGAAGCUUCCACCGGGUUCUAUGGGAAUACCGCUUCUUGGCGAGACGAUUCAUUUCUUCAAACCAAACACCACUUCAGACAUCUCACAUUUUAUCAAAGAGAGAGUUAAGAAGUAUGGACCAAUCUUUAAGACCAACCUUGUGGGGAGACCAGUGAUUGUAUCAACAGAUUCUGAUUUGAGUUAUUUCGUGUUUCAACAAGAAGGUCGUUGUUUCCAGAGUUGGUAUCCAGACACUUUCACUGAGAUCUUUGGAAAACAGAACGUGGGAUCGUUACAUGGGUUUAUGUAUAAGUACCUUAAGCAUAUGGUCUUGAGUCUCUUUGGUCAUGAAAGUCUCAAGAAGAUGCUUCCUGAAAUUGAACAAAGUGCAUGUAAGAAGUUAGAGCUUUGGUCAAAUCAAGAUUCAUUUGAACUGAAAGAUUCAACGGCAAGCUUGAUAUUUGAUCUCACCGCAAAAAAGUUGAUCAGUCAUGAUCCAGAGAAGUCUUCAGAGAAUCUAAGGGAAAACUUUGUUGCGUUUAUACGCGGUUUAAUCUCCUUUCCUAUUGACAUCCCAGGGACAGCUUAUCACAAGUGCUUAAAGGGGAGGGAAAAGGCAAUGAAAAUGUUGAGGAAUAUGCUUGAGGAGAGGCGUGAGAAGCCAAGAGAGAAUCCGAGUGAUUUCUUCGAUUAUGUUAUCGAAGAGCUUAAGAAAGAAGGGACAAUUCUGACAGAAGAAAUUGCACUAGACUUGAUGUUUGUCUUGCUUUUCGCCAGCUUCGAAACAACUUCACUCGCUUUAACUUUAGCCAUCAAGUUCCUCUCAGGCAAUCCUUCAGUCCUAAAACGUUUAACGGAAGAGCAUGAGGCAAUUCUGAGAAACCGUGAAGAAGCGGACACUGGAAUUACAUGGAAAGAAUACAAAUCAAUGACUUACACAUUUCAGUUCAUAAAUGAAACAGUGAGACUAGCGAAUAUAGUUCCUGCAAUAUUCAGAAAAGCCUUGAGAGAUAUCCAAUAUAAAGAUUAUACGAUUCCAGCCGGUUGGGCGGUGAUGGUCUGUCCACCAGCAGUACAUAUGAAUCCAGACAAGUAUCAAGAUCCUCUUGUCUUCAAUCCAUCUAGAUGGGAAGGAUCAGAAUCGACUAAUGCAUCGAAGAAUUUCUUGGCGUUUGGCGGCGGAAUGAGAUUCUGUGUUGGAACUGACUUCACCAAAGUCCAAAUGGCUGUUUUUCUUCAUAGUUUAGUCACAAAAUACAGAUGGGAAGAAAUCAGUGGAGGAAACAUAAUUCGAACUCCUGGUUUGCAAUUUCCAAAUGGUAUCAACUCAUUGAUACAAAGACACUCUCUCUCCAAAAGCUGGAGAGAAUGGCUCGAGCCAGCGUUUUUACUGUGGAGACCUGGUGGUGACCGCUAUGAGAGACCUCCGUACAUGACUCGGACCGAGAAAGAUAAGCCUCAGUACACACCAGAGCAAGAAUAUGCCAUUAUGGACGAACAAGUCAAUGAAAGCGAUGGUUUUGAUAUCAAUUUCUCACUCUUCCGCUGCGUUUUCAACUACCAUCCUGCUACGCUCGAUACACAUCAUUUCGUUGACGAGCCAGAAACCGAUGGGGAUUUACUCAUCAGGCUCUCUCAGGGGUCCCUUGAUGGAUACAAUCUGGAAAAUAGUACACAAUUUGAGUUUGUAAAGGUUGUUCGAGCCAAUUACCACUGGUCUUCUGCGAUAAUGUUUCUCAUAACAUUUCAAGUUAAGGAUCCUUACGAUGGCCUUAUCAAACCCUUCCAAGCAAGGGUACGCCACGCUGAAGGAGUCCUGCUUGAGUAUGUCUUCUGCAGGCCGGAGCCUGGUCAAAAAGUGGAAUGUGUUGGGACUGUUAAGACUGAUGUCCAGAAAGACCUGGAGAAAGAUGCCAAGAGAAAACGAUUGGAGAAAGAUGUCGAGAAAGAUGCCGAGAAAGAUGCCAAGAAACAAAGUUUGGAGUAG